AUGGACACACUUCCAGAUGCCUCUGGCCCAUCCCAGGCUGAUGUGGAGGCAGCUCACGUUGGUGUAACAUCAGAAGCUGCCGCUGGUACCAAGCCCCAGGUCAAAGCCCCAGUGAGGGUCGAAGAACUCCCAAAGUUCGAUCUAGACACUUAUAUUUCAAACUACACUGGUCGAACCCGCUACGACCGUCUCUAUCUCAUUGGCACGUGCUCCCCAUUGCUUGCACACGAUGCCCUCAAGGCAGCCAUCGCCGAAGCCAAGAACAGCGGAGACGUGUUCAGAUAUGAAAAAGCAGUCCGCGCUCUAGCGGAAGUGGCACCGAGUGACCCUGAUGCUUCUUUCAAUACCUUAUGGGUCGAGAAAACUCGACGAUCAGUGUUGGCUCAAACCGAGCGUUUGGAACAUGAGCUGCGGGGAUACAAGAACAACUUAAUUAAAGAGAGCAUUCGGAUGGGAAACGAGGAUCUAGGAAACCAUUAUUACCAGACUGGCGACCUGAACGCUGCCUCCAAAGCCUACUCUCGUAUGCGAGAUUACUGUACCACCCCAAACCAUAUCACAUCUAUGCUAUUCAAGAUGGUCAAUGUUGGUGUGGAACGUGGAGACUGGCUGUCUGUCCAGUCAAAUGUGCACCGUCUGCGCAACUCCUUAUCAAAGCCAGAAGAUGCAGCCAAAAAUGAAUCCAAAGUCUCAGCUGCCUGGGCUCUAUCACAGAUGCAGCAAGGAGCAUAUCUUGAAGCUGCAAAUGCCUUCUUGGUCAUCCCAGCAGACUUGGGUGACAAGUACAACGAAGUCAUCACUGCCAACGAUGUCGCUGUCUACGGUGGUCUCUGUGCCCUCGCAUCCAUGAACCGCGACGAGCUACAACGCAAUGUACUAGAGAACCAGACGUUCCGCAACUUCCUCGAGCUAGAGCCACACAUCCGCCGCGCCAUCGCUUUCUUCUGCAACUUCAAAUUCCGUUCAUGCCUUGACAUCCUGGAUGCCUAUCAACCCGACUACCUCCUCGAUAUCCACCUGCAGCGCUUUAUUCCCCACCUCUAUAAACGCAUCCGCACUAAAUCCAUCGAGCAAUACAUGAUCCCUUUCAGCCGUGUGACUCUCGACUCCAUGGCGAAGAUUUUCGCCCCGGAAGUAAUCGGCGGCGAAGCACGACCCACCGAUAUAUCCUCACCCUUUGUUCAAGAACUGAUCGGGCUAAUCCGGGAUGGCGUGCUAGACGCGCGCGUAGACCUCGAGCAAGGACUGUUGGUCUCCAAUCAAAUCGACCUUCGCAGCGAGGUACAGCGAACCACGUUGGAAAGCCUGCAGGAAUUCAACCAAGAGGCUCACUGGCGCAUUCUGCGAGCUUCAGUCCUUCACGCAGGACUAGAAAUAAAGCCUGAAAAGAGGGAGGGGCCCGGACCCAAAGGAACGAGAUAUCCUCGCGGUAUGGGCAUGCUCGAUUGA